GCCUCAACGCGGAGAGCGGCAUCCUACUUCGCCCACCACCACCAACCUGCCUCGGGCUCUUCGUGAAUAACCCGCGACGACGGCAACGGCGCCCAACACCCCCCCGUACACGAAACCCUCCCGAAAACGACGACACCAGCAAGCCGGCCAGCGACCAUGGGCUCCGUCGUUCUCCCCCACCUCAACACGGCGUGGCACGUCGACCAGGCGAUCCUGUCCGAGGACGAGCGCCUGGUCGUGAUCCGCUUCGGGCGCGACGGCGACCCGGACUGCAUGAAGAUGGACGAGGUGCUCUUCAAGAUCGCCGACCGGGUCAAGAACUUCGCCGCCGUCUACGUCUGCGACAUCGACCAAGUGCCCGACUUCAACCAGAUGUAUGAGCUCUACGACCCCAUGACCGUCAUGUUUUUCUUCCGCAACAAGCACAUCAUGUGCGACUUUGGCACUGGCAACAACAACAAGCUCACCCUCGUGCUAGAGGAGAAGCAGGAGCUUAUCGACAUUAUCGAGACCAUCUACCGCGGCGCAAAGAAGGGGCGCGGUCUGGUUGUCAGCCCUAAGGAUUACUCCACCAGAUACCGCUACUAGAGGCUACCUAAUCCAACUCUCCGAGACAGCAAAGCAAUUUCGGCUCUACCGCGAGGUACGGCUAUUACGCUCGAUACAGGCCGAUGAAAAUGUUGUGAUGCGCCUACGGGCAGCGAGCCGUCGUCAAGAUAGACGGGCAAUAUCUCCGUUGUGGAGAUUCGGGAUGUUUACCAGGCAAGGGCUGCCUAUGGCACACUCAUAAACUACUCACGGCAACUCCGGCUCGACCCAUGUCCAUUGUGCUGACGUCUGUCGCACCAAAAGGGACUGAUGACCCCCUAAACGCCGGGAUGCGGCAUUCAAGAUAAUCAAACCGCCGGCCCCCAGGUGCGUUCGAUUCGCAUCCUGUCAUCACAUGUUUCACAUCCCAAAUCGGUUAAAAUGUCUGCCUAAAACUCUUCGAUGGGCACCUUUAGUACUCUAUCUCAACAGCAAGUAUAUCGUGCGCCAUGCGUGUGAACGUAAACGCUCAAGAUCGUAAUUAGCGAGGGUAUCGUAUCAUCAAAUCAACGUAGCAGAAAAAAAAAAAACCAGCGCGAAUCCCUCUUGCUUCCUUCUCUUGGCGUCAUCUAUUCGUCUCCUC